GGAGGCCUAAAUUUUGAUCUAUGUACUCCCUACAUCAGCUGCCUGAAAGGACUUAAUGAUCACAUGACCCUGGACAUGGAUGCUGUCCUGUCGGAUUUUGUCCGUUCCACAGGCGCAGAGCCAGGGUUGGCUCGAGAUCUCCUGGAAGGAAAGAAUUGGGAUGUGAGCGCAGCCCUCAGCGAUUUUGAACAGCUACGUCAGGUCCAUGCUGGGAACCUGCCUCCACCCUUCAGUGAAGGGAGUGGUGGCUCCAGGACCCCUGAGAAAGGAUUUUCUGAUAGAGAGUCUGCUCGCCCUCCACGACCCACCCUACAGCGACAAGAUGACAUCGUUCAAGAAAAACGCCUGUCUAGGGGCAUCUCCCACGCCAGCUCCAGCAUUGUUUCCCUGGCCCGGUCCCAUGUCUCCUCCAGUGGUGGGGGGGGGAGCAGUGAGCACCCCCUGGAAAUGCCCAUCUGUGCCUUCCAGCUUCCAGAUCUCACUGUGUACAACGAAGACUUCCGCAGCUUCAUAGAGAGAGACCUCAUUGAGCAGUCCAUGCUUGUUGCCUUGGAACAGGCAGGGCGUUUGAACUGGUGGGUGAGUGUGGACCCCACCUGUCAGAGACUCCUUCCUUUGGCAACUACUGGAGAUGGAAACUGCCUUCUGCAUGCCGCCUCUCUUGGGAUGUGGGGUUUCCAUGAUCGGGACUUGAUGCUGCGGAAAGCUCUGUAUGCACUGAUGGAGAAGGGAGCUGAGAAAGAAGCAUUAAAACGGCGCUGGAGGUGGCAGCAAACUCAGCAGAAUAAAGAGUCAGGACUGGUAUACACAGAGGAUGAGUGGCAGAAGGAAUGGAAUGAGCUGAUCAAGCUUGCCUCAAGUGAACCCCGCAUGCAUCUCGGAACCAACGGAGCCAAUUGUGGUGGGGUGGAGAGUUCAGAAGAGCCUGUGUACGAGAGCCUAGAAGAAUUCCACGUCUUCGUCCUUGCCCAUGUGCUCAGGAGGCCCAUAGUCGUCGUGGCAGACACCAUGCUGAGGGACUCCGGAGGGGAAGCAUUUGCCCCUAUUCCCUUUGGGGGAAUCUAUCUGCCCUUGGAGGCCCCAGCCAGCCAGUGUCACCGCUCCCCUCUGGUGCUCGCCUACGAUCAGGCCCACUUUUCUGCACUGGUGUCCAUGGAGCAGAAGGAGAAUGCCAAGGAACAAGCUGUGAUCCCACUUACAGAUUCAGAGCAUAAGCUGCUGCCCUUGCACUUUGCUGUGGACCCUGGAAAGGGCUGGGAGUGGGGCAAAGAUGACAAUGACAAUGUCCGAUUGGCCAGUGUAAUCCUGUCCCUAGAGGUCAAGCUGCAUCUGCUGCAUGGCUACAUGAAUGUCAGGUGGAUCCCUGUGUCCUCAGACGCUCAGGCGCCCCUGGCCCAGCCGGAGUCCCCCACAGCCUCGGCUGGAGAUGAGCCCCGGUCCACUCCUGAGUCUGGGGAAUCAGACAAGGAGUCAGUUGGCAGCAGUUCUGCCAGCAACGAGGGCAGCAAGCGGAAAGAGAAGUCGAAGCGAGAUCGGGAAAAGGACAAGAAGAGAGCAGAUUCUGUGGCUAACAAGCUGGGCAGCUUUGGCAAAACCUUGGGCAGCAAGCUCAAGAAGAACAUGGGGGGCCUGAUGCACAGCAAGGCUUCUAAGCCCGGUGGGGCGGGGGCGGGGGCUAGCGGUGGCACCGAGACGCUGGAGAAGAAGAAGAAGAACUCACUGAAGAGCUGGAAGGGCGGCAAGGAGGAGGCAGCUGGGGAUGGGCCUGUAUCCGAGAAGCCCACGUCUGAGUCUGUUGGUAAUGGAGGGAGCAAGUAUAGCCAGGAGGUGAUGCAAAGCCUGAGCAUUCUGAGGACUGCGAUGCAAGGGGAGGGGAAGUUUAUUUUUGUUGGAACCCUGAAGAUGGGUCACCGUCACCAGUAUCAGGAGGAGAUGAUCCAGCGCUACCUUUCUGAUGCUGAGGAAAGAUUCCUGGCAGAGCAGAAGCAGAAGGAGGCAGAGAGGAAGAUCAUGAAUGGAGGGGUAGGGAGUGGGCCUCCUCCAGCCAAAAAGCCAGAGCCAGAUGGUGGGGAGGAGCUGCUGGCUGCCCCUCCAGCAGAGUCCAAGGCAGUGGCAUUUUCCACUGGCUACCCUGGUGGCUUUACUAUCCCUCGGCCUUCGGGGGGUGGAGUCCACUGCCAGGAACCCCGGAGGCAGUUGGCAGGGGGGCCGUGUGGGGGGAGCCUACCACCAUAUGCCACCUUCCCCAGACAGUGCCCUCCUGGGCGACCCCACCCCAAUCAGGACAGCAUCCCUUCUCUGGAGCCAGGCAGUCACUCCAAGGAUGGCGUUCACAGGGGUGCCUUGUUACCACCCCAUUUCCGCGUGGCUGAUUCCUAUAGCAAUGGCUACAGAGAGCCCCCUGAGCCAGACGGAUGGGCUGGAGGUCCCCGGGGGCUCCCCCCAACCCAGACCAAAUGCAAACAACCGAACUGCAGCUUCUAUGGACACCCUGAGACAAACAACUUCUGCUCCUGCUGUUACAGGGAAGAGCUGAGGAGAAGGGAGCGUGAACCGGCUGGGGAGCUGCUGGUGCACAGGUUCUGAAUGGGGACGCCUCUGUGGGCAAGGGGGCUACACAGAGUUAAGCUCAACUAAUUGGCUCAUAAGACCCAGCCCCAUGUUGAUGGGGCAAAUGCAGUCGUGUGUGGGAGCCUGGCUAGAGACUUUUAAGUGUGUAUACUCUGGGGAGCUGCCAGGCUGGCAAGAGCAGGCCAGGGCUGGAUGGUGCCUUGAGGGCUGCACUGGUCCUCUGCCGAUCUUGACAUGAAGGGACUGAGGAAGUACACGGGGGGAAGGAUGGUAAUUCUGUGUCAUAACCCCUCGAGUCCAUCCCAGGACCUAAGAGAAAGUCGUCAGGGGGGAGGGGGAAGCUUUGGUGUGUGGGGGUGGGGAGAUGGGUAGACGUGUUGGGGAGGAACAGGCAAAGGAGGUUCUCAGUCAAUAAAAGAAAAAACAGACCAAAGUUCUUUCAGGUUGGAAAAAAGCACAUGGUGGUGGAGUUGGGAAUGUGGAGGGAAACUGGGAAAUUAGACAGAUUUGCUAUUGACUUGAAUUAAAGCGGAAACUUAGGGUUGGAUGAAUUCUUCCUCCUGCAGGGUCUGGAAAGACAAGGCAAUAAUGUGUGCUCAUGGGUGCUUAUUAGGAGGGGGAUAGCUUGAAUCAGGUUAGUAAGAUGGGAAAGGGAGGAACUUAAAAGGGGAAUCUUUCCUCUUAAAUUUUAUGUCCUUCUGAACAGCCAUCUGUCAUCUGUUCUAGUUUGAGAGAUGGCCGACUGAGUGCCCCCUGUCUUUUCCUCGUCCUUUUUGAGGGCUGAGCUCAGCUAAGAAGGUUGGGGGAUUUUUAAGAAUUUAAUUUUAUUAAAAAAAAAAGUUCCCUCUGGGGAAGGGAAGAGAGUGGUGAGAAGAGCAGCUGUGCGUGUUUAAUUUUCUCCAGGUGAAUUGAUGCAGAGGUGAUCUUUUUUUAACUACUUAGCAAUAACCACACCUUAGGGUUUGAGGACGCCUUGGGAGGGGUGUAGGAGGACAGACUUUUAGCCAGACUGUUGGAAACAAAACCAAAAACCUAAAUAGAGCACUACCAUCCUCUGCUGCUGCGUUUCUGUAGAAAGCAACUUAUUUUUUGGACUUUUUUUUUUAAAGGAAAAGGAACAAAAAGACCCCAGCAAGCAAAAACAUUUUUAAAAAUGAUUUUUUUUCCUAUUUAAGUGAUUCUUUCUCCUUUCUCUCUACUUUUGGAGAAUGAACUUAACAUCCCGGCUUCUUUUGUUAAGCCAUAGCUGACCUUAAUCUGUGGUUAGUUUAUUAAAAUAAUAAAAAAUACUUUGUAAGCAGAGAUAUUUUUUAUAAUAGGACUGAUGUUGAAACUUGGGGUGGGGGCUGGGGGCAAUUUAUAAAAAGGUAGUUAGAGAAAUAUAUUUUAGUGAACUGUAACCACAGAUCACAGACUACUCCCAAUGAGCUGAUCUGUUUUUGGACUUCCCCCUUUCCCUGACCCGUCCCUUCUCCCCAGGAGAUGGGAGUGGGCCUGUGGACACAGCACGGGGAGCUCCUUUGCAUUUUGCACAAAGCCCAAGCCUGGACAGCCUGUGCUCUGGCCAGCACCAUUUCUAAGAGCUUUAAACUGGAGGACCUGUCCUGGGCCAAUUUUCCCUUUUCUUUAAAUUUUUUUUCCUGGGGGGAAAAAAUCAACUAUGCAAUUGUAUACACUCCUAGGUGCAUGUGAAGAAGGGGAAUAAGUGUGCUUAAGUGUCCAGAGUGUUAACUGGGGCUACUGUUCUGUAUUUGGAUUUCUCCUUUGAGGUAUGUACUCAUAACCCAUCCUGUGGAAUGCAGUCCCCACAUCGGAUCCAGGGCAGACCUGGGCUGGGUGUGUGUGCUGGGGGAGCUCAUGUUUGCCACGUGUUGCUUCUGCCCAGUAAGGAAAGUUGUCAUCCCACCUCCCCGCCUCGGUGACAAAGCCAGCCAAGACUGUCCUGUCCAUUGGAACUGCUCAGUUUAGAGUUUCCUUUCUCCUCAACAAACUUGAAAGUCACUUAUUUUCUAAACCCGAUUGUUGAUUUAAUCGCUUCCUGUGGCUAUGAAUUUUUAGGCUUUUAUUUGAAAAUAGACUGGUGUUAAGGAAGCAGCAAGGUCAAAGGAGACAGGUUCCAAAGGAGGGUACUUAUAUAUUUCUGGGCAGGGCUGGGACUCAUGAGACAAGGGCUCCCCUCAGGUUCAAAACUUAAGGGGGUACUGAAAAACUCAGUAAUCAAGAUAAUGCUGUUUUAAUGCAGUGUUUUUAAAAAUGAUUGCAAAAAACACCCAUAAUGAACAAAAUAUCAAAGUCUUAAGACAGGAUCCAACAGGACUGGGAUAAGGGUAAAGAAAAGAAAAGCUGAAUUGAGAAAGUAGGGGGUUGAAUCUUGUCUUUAUUUAAAAUUUUGAUACUUUGUUCAUUGUGGAUUUUUUUUACGUUAGUUUCGAUUUUCAAAAAAUACUGCAUUAAAAUAGUAUCUUGGUUACUGGGGUUUUGUGCACCCCUUAAAUUUUGUGCCCUAAGCGAGUGCCUUGCUCACCUCACCUUGUUUCUGGGGUUAUAACAACACCUUAUGAAGUUCUAUCACCUAACAUGCACCCAAACAACAGGUGGCUCAAACUCACACCUUGAAUUUGCUCAGCUCUCCUAGAUUGCCCAGAGGCAUCCAUCUGUAUCAUAGGAUUUUGGCCUGGACCAAUAGGAACGGAAACAGACCAGGAGUUUUCCCAGAGAAUAAAACCAGGAAAGUUUUGAUUCUCCACUGGACUGCUGUGUUUGGAUAUGAUCUGUUGUUAGAUUUUAGUUAAUACUUUUGUUUUUAAAAACUGAGGACAAAUGAACAAAACCGGAAGCCUUGUGUCAUGUUUGUUUUUGUUUGAUUUAUAAAGUAACCAAUCCCAAUUCCUUUUGACUUCUUUUCAAAUAAAAAAGGUGGAAAUUCUGCGGGUGGCCUAGGGGUGAGUAUGGUAAAAUGGGGCUUUAUUUAGGCCCUAUAGCUUUUUAUUAAGAAAUAUAUAUAUAUAUAUAUAUAUUUUUUUUUAAUUUGGGAAGGUAACUAUUGAGGCAUCUUAAAAAAAACUUCAUUCUAAAGAAGAGGGACCCUGAGUCAGUGGAUGUUUUUCCGUAGGGAUGAGUAAAGUCUGUUUUGUUUUACUCUUUGACAGGGUUGUGGCAUGGGAGGGUGGUGAAAAAAUUAUGCCUGGGAAAUUAAAACAGAACCUGGUUGGUUUGUGGUAUUGGGGGAGGAUGAGGAGGUGGAAGAGGAGAGCUUAUAGAGUUACUGUGCUGGGGAGAAGGGAGGAUGGGUACGUGAUGUGCACUCAGUGAGCCACAACUCCUUAGUUAAGGAGGGGUGUGUGGGUGAAGAGGGAGGCAGACCCCAUAGCCCUAGCUGAGGGGUGGUACCAUCUCUCAGGCUGAAAUAAGUGCACUUAGUUUCUUUAAUCCAGGGCAUUGGGAUACCUACUGGGGUUUUUACUGGAGAGGGGAGAUUUUCAGGGUUCUUAACUUUUCCCCUUUUGACUUAAGACAGUGCUCCCCCUCCACCCUCCACCCCACUGACGGAGCAGGUCUACUAGAGGUUAGGCCUCCACAUUCCUCCCUUAAUCUGUGCUGGUUUUAUUGAGAGUUACAAGAUUUAACCAAACGUCGUCCCCUCAUACUGGAUUCUACCAACAAGAUAAAAGAAUAUAUGAA